CCCGGGGGGCGAAUCGAGGGCUUCCGGGGCCUGCUGUGGCUCCCGGCCCUGCGAGGAGCUUUAAGUCCUGCGGGAGCGGAGGACCGUGUUGCCAUGGAAACCCGCGCCCUGGACCCGCGAGUGCGGCCCUGGAGCUGCGGAAGGAGUGCUGUUCUCCUCCGCUGUCAGGAAGUUCUCUCGGCAGUUUCUUCUGAGUUGGGUGGGUUGUAGGUGCAUUUGGGCAGUUGCAGCUCGAAGAGCCCUCUAGCGCCAAAGUAAAAUAAAGACCCGGCGGAGUAGCCGAGGCCUGCUUUUCCUGUCUUCAGCCCGGUCUUUCUAUCUUACUCAGACUGUGAUGAUGAAGGUGAGGCGUCAGACUGUGACUAUGCGUUUUAACUCUGUAGCUGGAGCACAGGAACUGUUUGUUUAAUGAAUGACCUAUCCAUUUAGACCCUGAGGAUAAUCCUGUGAAUUGCUAAUAAAUAGUUCACUGGGUCUGUCCCUUAGUGUUGAUUUCAUUAUGCUGCGACGAAAACCAACCCGCCUGGAGCUGAAGCUUGAUGACAUUGAGGAGUUUGAAAGCAUUCGAAAGGACCUGGAGACCCGUAAGAAACAAAAGGAAGAUGUGGAUGUUGUAGGAGGCAGCGAUGGAGAAAGUGCCAUUGGGCUCAGCAGUGACCCUAAGAGCCGGGAACAAAUGAUUAAUGAUCGAAUUGGUUAUAAACCCCAACCCAAGCCCAACAAUCGUUCCUCUCAAUUUGGAAGUUUUGAAUUUUAGUGGUGGAUUAUCUUGCGUGCCCGAGACCUGGAAUGGAGUAAAAUGAUGGCAGAAAUACAAACAAGAUUUAGAGAAUUGAGUGCUUGCAAUCAAGCAGAAUGUUUUACCUCUUGCAGAGAGAAAUACUUCUGCAUGAGAUUACUGAUGCUUAACUUUCAGUCUGAAAGCUGAAAUUCAAACUCUGGUUUGUCUCUGGAAAAUUUGACUCGAUAAAACUUGUCUGAUUUUUGUUUUUAAAAAUAAAUAUAUUUUUGGAAAAGUGUGUGACAUCCUUAAUGAAGUAUAAUAGCACUAAAUUACUACAUCAUUCUUCCCAUGUUUAUUAAAAGACCCUAAACACAGAA